AUGUCUCCCAAGCAGAUAUAUCGCAGCGACCUUUUCACCCCUGGAAAGCUCGCCUCGGCCCAUCUGCUUGAUUCUGCAUUAGAGGAGCUGAAAGGCAUUCUCACAAAGCAUAAUUUCAAGCAUGUUUUUCAAGACCUACUCGACAAUGAGAGCCCUCGCGUUCUUCUAUUGGUCUUGUCAUCUUUGAGUGAGACCACACCGUUGAUUUCGUGGCUGCUGGAGUCCUUUCCCUCCGAGCCUGCGAAUUACGAUGCGACGGUCCACUACAACAUUAUAUCUCGCAUAUCGAUAGAGCUCAUUUCCUCCUCUUUGAUCGAAGAAAAAGAACCAUGUGCCCGAUACCAUGAAAUAGCCCAGAUCGCGCCCAAAGUUUUGCAAUAUCUUGCCUCUUUUCUCCGUUCCAUCAAUAUCAGAUCAGAUCAUCGUAACAAGAAGGGUAAGGCCAAACAGAAGAAGAUUCAGCAAGCCAAGCGAGAAGACGAGGCUACACUUUUGGUCGAAAAGUAUUUUGAUGUCCUGAAUGUUGAGAUGCCGGGAACGUGGAGCGAAGCAUCCAUCCUCAUGGAUCAUAUUUUGCAAAGUCAAAAGGAUACCCUGAAAUUCUAUUUAGAACUGCUCCGUCGUCCUGAGAUAUAUGUAUCUCUCAAGGAGCAUUGUAUCGUUUCUGAGGAGGAGAGGAUUGCUUCGGGGUCCGUGGUCGAGUCGCCCUCCGCAUAUCCGAUCGUUCAGCCGAUGAAGGCAUUAUACUUUGACAAUGCUGAGGGUUUUGGGAAAUGGACGGUCAUCAUAUCUACGAACGCUGACAAUUUUUUGCGCAGCACGCACAAGAAAGAUCUUUACACGUUUAACAUCACCGUGAAGAAGAUUAAGGAGCUCUCCUGUGGUCACUUCACUGUCAACAAUCAGAAGCGUUUGAGCGGAAGAGCGACUGAAGUCCCUAUCUUCAUGGCUAAAGUAACUUGUAAUCUAAGACUCAUCGUGGGACACCUAUUUCUUAUCCCGGACAUCGCUGACGCCACCUUGCAGUAUCAAAUUGACACAAUCCCGGGUGACGAAAAGAGAGAGCAACAAGCUCUGAAAAUUUUCGGUAUAUAUACCCAUGCUCAAAUUGACAAUCGUCUGUGGAGUUCUAUCAGUAGUCAGCUUCGGAAAAGGGGAGAGGAAUACCGAAAAAGAUGCGCAGUUAGGAUGCCCGCAGAUUCUCAAGCAUCGAAGAACAUUUUUAUUCCAGCGUUCUUUCCCCCACUACCUGAAGUAUCACCGUCGGAGAUUGAAGACAUACCGGAUCUCCGUCCCGAUGAAACGGCGCAGAUACAUUCAAGACUCGUCAUCGAGAAAUACGUCACGUUCUCGCAGCCCUUUUUGAAUACCGUUCUAGCAGAUGUAGAUGCGACUUUUCCUCAUAUGGUUUCGUGCGCCACCGUCUUUGGCUCUCCCUGUUCAUUUUCUGACAGCAUUGGCACAGGAAAAACAACUACCAUGUUAUUCAAAAUGUUGCUUAUCGAGAGGACAUUUCAACUCAUGGAGUCGGAUUUACCUCGUCCUCGCCAAGUCUUCAUCACCAAGUCUAGAAUACUUGCUAAGAAAGUGCAAGAGUACUUUGUGAAGCUGUCCAGCUCCUUAACAAUAGCGUCGCGGCCAUCUGUUGACCUCAUGAACCUACCGAGAGCUCCACAGUAUCAAGAUGAUUCAGGGCUGAUUGAUGUGGAUGAUGUUGUAAAUUGGCGGACUGAUUUGCCAGCCAAGUACAGUGACCUCAAGGAGAAACACUUCCCGCUAUUUAUCACGUUUGACGGUCUUUGCGACAUGUUGGAAGCUGACAUGGGUGUUCAAAUGUUGACCGCUACAAGGCAUAUUGGCGUCAAGCACAACAAGUCACACAUGGGUGUUAUUACUUUCGAGUCUUUUUGCGAGUCCUACUGGUCUCAUUUCCCCGAGCCAUUGGUCAAAGAAUUAGAUCCUGCCUUGGUGUACAGCGAAAUAAUAGGUAAUAUACCUAUAUAUUAUCUCAACGGGCUUGACCUGAACCUAGGAUUUCCAGGUGUUAUCAAAGGAUCAGCAGAGACACUCAGCGAAGAGAAGCAGCAUCUUAGCAGAGCGGCUUACCUAGAUCUCAGUAAACGCCGGCAUUCUACAUUUGCUGAUCAGAGAUGCGAGGUGUACAAACUCUUCGAGUUGUAUACGCACAAGAAGAAAUUGCGAGGGGAGUACGACACUGCAGAUCGAACCCAUAGUAUCUUAAAGCAUUUCACAAAGCAAGGCAUCCCGGGACAAGGACUCGACCAUUUAUACAUCGACGAAGUACAGGAUAACAUGCUCAUAGAUACUAUGGUCUUGAGGGCAUUAUGUAGCAAUGCAGAUGGUCUCUUCUGGGCGGGUGACACUGCCCAGACGAUCUCUGUUGGAAGCUCUUUCCGUUUCAAUGCUUUGAAGGCAUUUCAGUGGAAUAUCGAGGACCGGUACCGGAGGAAGCAAGGCCCUAGAGCUGGAUACAAGCAACCACCCGAAAUGUUUCAACUGGCCAUCAACUAUAGGUCCCAUGCAGGCAUCGUUGAUUGCGCGCGUUCCGUCAUUGACCUUAUCACGACUUUUUGGGAGGAUUCCAUCGAUCAUCUUUCUCCAGAGAUGGGUAUCGUAGAUGGGGUCAAGCCUAUGUUUUUUAACGAUGAAGAUCAUGCCCAAUUGGAGCGGUUUCUCUUUCUUGAUGAUGGUGGUAGUCUUAUCGAGUUUGGAUCCCAGCAAUGCAUCAUUGUUAGGAAUGAAACGGCAAAAAAAAGGCUCCAAGAGCAAGUCGGCGAAGUUGGUCUUGUACUCACUGUAUAUGAAAGCAAAGGGCUUGAAUUCAACGACGUCCUAAUUUAUGACUUCUUCGCUGAUUCACCCGCUGGUCCCGCACAAUGGCGUGUCGUGCUGAACGCCAUCAAAGAGAGCAAGCAGGACCCAAGGAAUACACCUCAAUUUGACCAUAUCCAUCAUGCCAGCAUUUGUAGUGAGCUAAAAUGCCUGUACGUUGCAAUCACCAGAGCUCGUGCAAAUAUCUGGAUUGCAGAUGGAUCUGAGACGGGAGAACCCAUGAGAAUCUUUUGGACGAGCAAAAACUUGAUAAACAAUUUCACGCCAGGAUCUGAUGUGCCCCGUCUUGCGUCUGAAUCGACACCAGAAGAAUGGGCUGCAGAGGGACGUGAACUUUUCAAUGCGAAGCACUUCUCUCAGGCCAAGCACUGCUAUAGGAAGGCCAAUCUUCCUCUCCUAGCAUCUAUCGCAGAUGCCUAUGAUUUACGGAUGAAGGCUCGUAAUGUCGUUGGUACAUCGAGACAAAAAGUGCUCGAACGACGUUCUUGUUUCGCUGAAGCAGCCAAGUCGUUCUCGGAAUGUGCUAACUUCACUUCAAACCCAAGGGAUUCCUUGACAUACUUAAGGAUUAGUGGCGAAUGCUUCGAACAAGCUGAUAAGAAGGAUCGGGCCGCUGAAAAGUUUCUACUGGCUCAGGAGUACACCCGUGCUGCAGAGCUGUAUAGAGAUAUUGGCAAAUUUGAUGAUGCAGUGGCCAUCGUCAAAGCUCAUGAAGAUGAAAUGCCAUCAAAUGUUGUUGAAAGCGUCAUCAAGCUUGCGAGACUAGCAUACUUUUCUGGUGACCGUCAGAUGAAAAAAGCCCAAGAACUAUUUUGCUCGGUUGAAGAAGAAGUGGAGUAUCUGAAAGAUAGGGAUCUCGAUAUCGCUCUUGCGGACUUGUUGGAGACAGAAGGACGACUUAGCGAAGCUGCUGAGUUGCACUAUGUCUUGCGGCUUAUGGGGUUUGCUUCAUGGCUUGAUGUGGCUUUCAUGGAGCGGACUAAAGCUGAUGAACUGUCCAUGUUUAAGGCCAUUACACAUGGUCAGACAUCCCAGCUGCAUGAACUGGGGUUGAAAUUUCACAAGAUGGGCCAUACUUCCGCAGCCUUGCUAUGCCUAGAUCAAUAUUUUUCUCAGGCCAUUCAAAUUCAAAAUAUGGCUCUUGUUGAUGCAGUCAAAGAACUCAGCAUGUUUUAUACCUAUGUGGACCUCCUUUCCGCUACAGCCUUCCGAACGGACCCUUGUGGAAAUGCAGCGACUGCGGCAUUAUUCGGUUUUCGGCGGAUAGCAGAGAACGAGUUUCUUGUGCCCCAAAAUACGUGGCUACACUCAGUGCUUCUCGAACUUCGACCGAGGAACCUGAUUAGGGAUUCAGACUCGAAUCUCAGGCUGUCAGUACUUGAACUACGUGGGAUAUUCCAAGAUGCCCUGAGAAGUCGUCUCAGGGAAAGGACUGCUGCUGAAAAUGACGAAUGUGCGAGAAGCAAAGCGUUCAGGCCUUGCCUUGUUUUUGCUGUAUCUGUGUUUUGUAGACGGCCUGAAUGCCCGGAAGCUCAUGUAUCACCUUCGGAGAUAGGUCCUGGUUACUAUAAUAUGCGCAUCCGCCUACACCUACAACAAAUAUUGAUCUUGCAGUCGCUCAGAGAGAAUGCUCAUGCAGAUGUGGAACACAGAGGAACCAAGUUCUGGCUCAACCGUCUUUAUGAGGCUCUUUAUCCUCCCCACCAUAUGUUCGGUUCCAUUUCCCAUCUUGCACUUUCUACUAUUCCAGAAGCUCCAAAAGCAUUGAAAAUUGUGAAAUAUUGGGUACGAACACUUGUUUACGGCCAGACAUAUCAUCCCCAGACGACCUUCCUCAUGGACGUGAUGCGGACAGCUACCUUGGCCCUCACGUUUGACAGAAGUCAAGCGUAUUAUCUCAGAAAUGCAGCAUAUCACAACAUACGUCCUCCAUCCGUGUAUAUUCGCCGAGGCGAUGGCCUUAUUCUUCAUGACCUUCUAAGCUCGAUGUCAGGAGAUCGAGCAUGGUCUCUUACUGCUGGUUUUCGAUUUGUUGAGCAUGUUGUAGAGCAAAGAUUGCCCAUUAACAUAGGUGAUCUGUGUGAUUUUCUGGAUUUUCUUUGCGGUUCUGUCAUUUUUUGUGGUAGUCGCUCGGGAAUGCGAUUACCACACAACAUAACUGUCCCUCGUAGCUGGCUCUUGCGCUUUAUGAACUAUGAUUUGCCGUACUUCAACGGAGCGAUACAGACGCGGUUUUAUGGCAUCCUUCUAACCCCUAUAUGGGCUCUUCUGGAACAACUGAAUAUCGGUCAAGACGCUGCGGAACAUCUCUUGUAUGGCAUUGGUAGAAAUCUUUCAAACGUGCCAUACCAGGUUCGUCAUGUCUUUAUCGCAAGGAUAAUCCAAACUGUUGGUCUAUUGGGCUACAACAUCCGCAAUGACUUCCUCCGUGACGAUAUUCGGAAGAUGAUAUUAUCUUUGCGACAAGAGGGUCGCUUAUCUUCUCCUCUCUACGUUCAAUACAUUGAUGCCGCCAGUCAUUCAUGGUAUGAACUUUCAAAGGUUAUCCGCCUGCUUGAAUACAAUACCAUGGACGAGAUGAUACAGCUCAUUCACCAGAGCAGGGCUCCAGUGACAGUUCACACCUCGCCGGGAGUUCGUCCGAUUGUCUACAACAAUUUCACGGACAUCCGAUCACAGCUUGGUCUUAUUGCUCCUGCAUCCACUCAGACCAUCUCAUCGCCUACUGAGGUUUCUGAGCGGGAAGAGCCGGAUGGCGACAACGACAGUGACAGCGAGGAUGCGGAGGAUGUGCAAGAAGCUGAAGUCAUCGAGGACACUUCCGAUGACGAUGCUGUAGCCGUCGAUGCCAUUCCAGCACACGAUACGGCAACCCCAAAUCCCACAGAAAGAGAUAUUGUAGCUGCAUCCUUGAUUCAGCGGGUAUACAGGAAUGUCCUUCGUCAUCGACGAGGCGUUGCCAAGAGAGGGACAGCAGGCCUUCACGCGCAAAUAUAUGCUUCAUGCACCGAAGCAGUAUCUCGGCUUGGUGAUAACCCAGGGCUGUACCUUUACCUGUUUCUUGGUCCGCUGCCGCACAUCUUAGUCUGUCUCGAGACCAUUCGUAUUGAUACACUCAACCACAAGACGAAGACGAAAAAGAGGCUUAAUAAUAAAGAACUUGAACAUGGUCCUGAUGAGAUCGCCAACCUUGAUGACUUGUUAACACAGACAAACAAGGUGAACAAGGCUGCAAUCAAAUUACAGGAGCAACUCAAGCCAAGUUCUGCGUUCCACGAGCGUUGCAACAGCAAGGAACUCAGGAAACUAGUGGAAGAGGCUAACGAUUUGAUUUCUUCUCUCCCCUUUAAAAUCUCUACAGACUUAUCGGAUGACCUGCACCUUGCUAUCAAAGGGAUCGUAACUCAACCUUCAUUCACAGGUGCACGCAAAAAGCCGAUGCUCAAUGACGCAGACUUGUAA